UGAAAACUGCUAAGCAUCUGCAGACGUCUCCAGCAGAGCAGAUUUUCGCUCAGAUAAAUGACUUGUUUAAAUCUGAAGAGUUUACUGGGGAUCCCUACCUGCAGAACCAUGCACCACAACCUGCUCUACACGCAGCUCUUCAGUGUUUAACUUUGGCUUCCUUUCUUUGGGAUUUUGGAAUUUAACUUUGCAGUCCUCCACGGGGAGGAGAAACAGACGCAGGGAGUGUCUUUAUCUUGCCAACUUUUACCGGAAUAAAAAAAAAAAACUAAAUUUGGCAAGACUUGUACAAAACAAAUUUGAGGAAACCACACUCUUCUGUUUAAUAUCUCCUCUGGCUUGAGUGACCUGAAAUAGCUGCAGACUCUCAGUGUUCGAGGUGUGAAGGAAUCACAUGUAAUUUCGGAAGUUUCAGGGUCAUUGGUACAUCUCUCCUAAACUGUUUCUUGGAAUUAAAGGGAUUGAACAGGAUUUGGUCUGUGCCACCAUGAGUCUGGGAAAGCUGACAGGCAUUAAGGGACUGGUGUCCAGCUCGCAGAACAGGCGGCGGUUUAAGAGCGAUCUCUCCGUCGACAUGAUCAGCCCUCCGCUCGGCGACUUCCGCCACACCAUGCACGUGGGCCGCGGUGGUGACGUCUUCGGUGACACCUCAUUCCUUAGCAACCAUGGAGGCGUCAACGGCGACCGUGGCCCCGGCAGCCCGGAGUCUUCCACCAGCGCCUCCAAGACCACGAGGUUUUUUUCCCGCACCCUUCGGCACGUGCGGAAAAGCCCCACGUCCACGAUGAGACGCGGGUCACGUGACCUGUCCCUCCCGCCUCCCCCCAUUUCACCCAUAAUAAAGAACGCUAUCUCGCUGCCGCAGCUAAACCUGGACAGUCCCAAUGGUGGCCUGCAGAGGGCGCUGCUCCCGUCCUCCAUCAGCUCCCCUGAAGACUCUCUGUACAGUUAUGGUGUGAAGUCAGGAUUUCUCACACUUCCUCGCCUGUCAAGGCAAGACAGACAGUUGACGGAUACCUCUGGAACUUUCUCCAUGGACUUCCAUUGUGAUUCCUUCACAGACAAUGGCGAAUUUGCCCUGACACGUUCUGAGUCCCUGACCUCCUUUACUGUUGACUUGGGACCCUCCCUCAUGAGUGAGGUACUGGGUUUGAUUGACAGCUCCAUCAGCCUCCAAACAACCAAUCACAGUCUGGAAGAGGAUGAUGAGGAGGAGCCAAGCUCUGUAUUUGAGAUGGCAUUGGAGAGUCCCUCUAUGCUGUCUGUCACCAUGGCAGGCUCUGUAAUGGGAGAGAAUGUCACCAGCAGGGGGCGCUGUUCUAGUGAAGAGUGGGCUGAGAAGCAGACAGGGGAACAUGAGAGCGGAGAGUCUGCUGAGAGGAAACCUCCGGACGCCUCGCUGGCGUUCCCGCUGAGAGCGGAGCCGGUCAUGGAGGCUGAGAAGUUCCAGCAGGCGGCAGACGUGCUGGCGCGUCACUACGGGGGUGGAGCUCUCUUAAAAGGGCAGCGGUGGAGACAGGAGAAAUCACGAACUUCCAUGUCUGGCCAGAGGAGGGCGCCAUAUGCCUUCCCUGAGGAGGAGGAAGAGAUCAAAGUGUAA